AUGCCCGAUCCACCACCCUCAGGCGGUCCCAGAACUGGAAUCUCAUCCAAGGCCGCCACCCGUCGCGGCGGUGCCGGCGCUGAGCCCACUCCCGCCACAAACGUAGAUCACGACGGUGGUCCCCAUUCACACCAGCUCGACGCAUCCCAAUCCGAGGCCGUGCAAGAGAGUGCCAGGCGACAUCAUGGACACAGUGAGACGAGGUGGGCAUCAAAAUUUGCAUCGCUGCAAGAUCAGAAAAAACACGGUGAGGAGAUGCAUGGGUACGAGGGCGGUCAUCCGGUGCCAAAGGAGCGUUCGUUUGCGGAGCAAAAGCCUGGCAGCAAGAGUCUAGCGGGACAGUUUAUGGAGAAGUAG